UUUAAAGAGACAAACUUGCGACUUUUUUUUCUCUGAAGAUAUUUUAUUCGUGUGAAGUUCUAACUAUUUUAAGCGUGCUGCUGGCUACUUUCAUUCACGUUGUGAACGAAAUGGAGUUAACCAUGUGGUUGGAUAAACUCUGGCGUAAACGUGUCUCUUGUGAAACUUGUUAAUUCAUUUGUUUUGCUCUGAGCAAACUUUCAACCCUACUUUCCACUGAUGUUGUUUAUCAAAGCUAGCUAGCUGAAGCGGCUAAACGGUUUAUUAUUUUUUUUUUUUUGUAGCAGCAUUUAUGUUUCAGUUUUUACGUGAGUAAGAAACACACGGUGAAGUGACGGAGCCUCCUCUCACUUCCGGCCGACAGGUAAACCCUGAACACGGCCAAAUCUCAGCUGAAACUUCGCUUCCAGAAGCCCAAACGCCCUGAAUCCUGACUGAUAGACUGAAGCUGUUAAACAUCAUCUGUAUUACCCUGACUGAAUCCUUGACUUCGGGCUCUUCAGUAAAGAGCGAUGUAUGAAAAUGUGCCUACAGUGUCAGCGACUGAGCAGCAGCAGGUGCUUCAGGCUGUGGAGAGGCUGCAGUCUAAGCUGGCUCAGCGUGAGGAAUGGACUCACAGCGAAAGACUGGGAGCACUAAAGGAAGCACUACAGAGCCCUCUACUUGGGCGUAUCCUCACCCUGCAGCACUCCCUCAAACAGCUUAAAGACCAGCUGAACUGUAUACCUCCAGAUGCAUGCAGUGAGUUCAGUUUCUCCAAGAAAGGCCAGUUAAUUGUGAGUGCUAGUCGUCCUGGAAGCAGUCUGGGUUCUGUAGUGUCCAAUGGCACAGCCGUGUCUUCAGCAUCCUCUGAGCAGCUCCAGAGAUGGCUCCAUACAACAGCAAAGGGAAGACGGCUGGAGCAUGUGAGCCUGCUGAGGCCGUUGACAGGAGGUCUAGGCUUCAGUGUGGUGGGACUGAAGCCGGAUGGAGUUGGCGCUCAUGGAGUUUUCGUUAAACAGGUGCAGCUGGGGAGUGUGGCAGACAGAGAUGGCAGAUUGCAGGAGAAUGACCAGAUUCUGGCCAUCAACGGGAUUCCCCUGGACCAGAAUGUUACCCAACAGCAGGCUGUUGCUUAUCUGCAGCAGCAGAGGGACAGAGUGGAGCUCGUGGUGGCCAAAGACUCUUCACUCAAACCACACCUUCCCCCAUCUGGAUCCUUUCAGACAGAACAAUGGGGGCAUAUGGAGGAGAUUGAGCUGAUGAAUGAUGGUUCAGGUCUCGGUUUUGGAAUUGUGGGUGGAAAGGCUGCUGGGGUGGUCGUACGUACUCUGGUGCCAAACAGCGUUGCGGAUAAGGAUGGGCGACUGAGGACUGGUGACCAUAUCCUACGGAUUGGGGAUACGCCCACGCAGGGGCUGACCAGUGAGCAGGUUGUGCAGGUGCUGCAGGCCUGUGGUAUCCGAGUCCGGAUGCUAAUCGCCCGAGACCCUCGGGGCAACGCACAUCCUCCCCCACCACCCCCACACGCUCCUACAACAGCACCCAUUGCCUCCGUGCAUCCUCCCAUACCAGCACGCAGAACCAGCAAAACGAUAAACCUUGAGGGCCAUGAGAUUCAUGAAGUGUCACUGAAGAAGAAAGAUGGCCAGAGUCUGGGAAUUUCUAUUGUUGGCUGCAACACUUCAACCAGCGACGACGGAUUAGGGGUUUCUGUGAAGAGCGUCAUCCCUGGCAGUGCUGCUGAAAAGUGCGGGAAUGUCAUGGUCCAUGACAGAAUAAUAGCGCUGAAUGGCGUUAACCUGCAGGGCUUCACCAGCCAGGAGGUCCUGGAUGUGAUGAGGCAGACAGGUCAGACCGUGAACCUCACUCUGGUUCGCAAAAUCGCCUCGCCCAAGAAAUCUGCCGUGGAGAUAUCUUUGGAUAAAGUCCAAAGAGAGUCAUCCCGAGUGUCUCUGAGGAGAUCUGCAGAGAUCAAGGUGAGGGCAGAUGUUCAGAUGGCCUCCAUGAUGGAGCCAGUGGACACGAGUCAGACUGCGAUCAAACAGCAGACGUCUGCAAGAGUUCGAGAGUCCGUUCCACUGACAGAGAUGGAGUUGCGUACCAAAUGGGAGCAGGCACUAGGACCUCAGUAUGAUGUUAUGGUUUUUGAACUAGACCCUGUCAUUGAGGAUGAUGCUGAGCUACAGAAAUAUUCUAAGUUGCUCCCAAUACACACCAUGCGUCUAGGUGUGGAGCUGGAUUCAUUUGAUGGUCACCACUACAUCUCUACUGUGGCCCCUGAUGGUCCUGUGGCCAAGCAUGGUUUACUGCGACCAGAAGAUGAACUUCUUGAGGUAAAUGGUGUGCAGUUGUAUGGAAAGACAAGGCGAGAGGCUGUAGCGUUCUUGCGAGAGGUUCCUCCUCCCUUCACUCUUGUGUGCUGUAGACGCCUCACUGAAGAGGGCACUGAAUACCAGCCUGAUGAUGAUGAUGAUGAUGAUGAUGAUGAUGAUAAUGAUGAGUGGUGCUCCAGCAAUCCUACAGCCAGCUUACAAGAUCAGACACAAGUGAUCCAGAAGGAGGAUGCUGGGCAGAGAACAGCUCCAGAGCAGAUCUUUGCUGAGAGGGAGGAGGAUGAGAAUAGGGAGAGUGGAGAUGAAGAGCAUGAAGAGGAAGAGUUGGCUCUCUGGUCUCCAGAAGUGCAUGUGCUGGAGUUAGAGAAAGGCGAGCGAGGCCUCGGUUUCAGCGUUCUGGAUUACCAGGACCCUCUGGACACUACACGCUCUGUGAUAGUCAUUCGCUCGCUGGUAGCCAGAGGUGUUGCAGAGAUUCAUGGCGGCCUUCUGCCUGGAGAUCAGCUGGUCUUUGUUAAUGACACCUACCUGGACACCUGCACUCUAUCCCAGGCGGUAGAUGUCCUCAAGGCUGCACCACCAGGCAUGGUAUACCUAGGCAUCAGGAAACCUCUAGGGGCGGAGGACAGGAGCACUGUGGAGAAUCCUGCAGAUCUUGAUGUGCAAGAACACACCCCCACCCAUCCUCAGCUACCUGUGUCUAAGGGCUUUGGGGAUGAUGCUGUCCUUCCAGAAGACAUUGAUGAUGAUGACCCAGAGCUGAUUCUGGAUAGUAACAUUCGUUAUGCCAAAUCUCGAAUCACUCUGGAGCUCCUGACAGGCGAAGAGAGAGAGAUGGCUGUGGAUGAGGAGGAAGAUGAAGCGGAGGAAAGAAACAGUUUGAGAAGUGAUCGGGACAGUCCACCGUCGUACCACAAUGAGCAGUCACCUUUCAGGGAAGAGGAAGCUAUAUCAAACCCCUACCAGACCUUUACCCAAGCUGAAAUACAGCAGCAGGUGGGGGAGGACAGAGCUGCAACUAAAGAGGACUUUGAAACAGAACUGGAGUCAAGUAUAAAUCUCCAUCAGCAUCCCCGCAGUCAAUCGGCAAGGACAUGGCUGGAGUUAGCAGAGAGCGAGGUGGACUCCGAUUCCAGGAACGAAGGCUCAGAACUCACUCUGACUGACACGGACACAGAGUCUGCACAGCUGUCUUCACAUGGCAGAAGGAAGAAGAGAAGUCAGGGGGCUGCAAUGGGGCUGAUGAGAGACGAACACAGUGAUUUGCCAGAGAGAGAGGAUGGAGAGGGAGAGGAAACCCCCAUCUUCAGUCACUGGGGUCCCCCACGCAGAGUGGAGGUUUGGCUGGAUCCUGGCGAGUCUCUGGGCAUCAGCAUCGUUGGCGGGCAGUCAGUUAUAAAGCGCCUGAAGAAUGGAGAAGAGCUGAAAGGCAUCUUCAUUAAACAGGUGCUUCCAGACAGCCCUGCAGGACGCACACACGCACUCAAAACUGGAGACAAGAUCUUGCAGGUGGCAGGUGUGGACCUGCAAAACGCCAGCCAUGAGGAGGCAGUGCAGGCCAUUAAAAGUGCUCCGAGCCCUGUGGAGUUCAUCGUGCAGAGCCUUUCAUCCACUCCCCGGCCUGUUUCAGUCACAGCCUCAAGUAUAAGGCAGCACAAGGCCAAGAGGAAAGGCAUACUGAAACCAGAACAGCAGAGUGCGCCUCCCCCCAUGCGUCUCCCUCCACCGUACAGACCUCCCAGCCUUGUGCAGGAAGAAGAGGAUCCUGUGGAUGACAGAGAGGACAUCAGGCAGAAGUACAGCGAGCUACAAGGGGAGCUGCUGCUAGUGGAGCUGGAGAAGGAUCGACAGGGUUUGGGUCUGAGCCUGGCUGGAAACAGAGACCGCUCAUGCAUGAACAUCUUUGUGGUGGGCAUCAACCCCGGAGGACCAGCCAGCCGCGAUGGACGCAUCCGAGUGGGCGAUGAGUUACUGGAGAUCAAUAACCAGGUGCUUUAUGGGCGGAGCCAUCAAAAUGCAUCAGCCAUAAUAAAGAGCGCUGCAUCCAAGGUGAAGCUGGUGCUGCUCAGGAAUGAAGACGCUAUCAAUCAAAUGGCAGUUCCACCUUUCCCCUACCAGCCUUCCUUUCUCUCCUCAAAUGAGAUUCAUCCGAGCCUUCCAGAAGCUGCAGUACCUGCAGAGAAGCCUCAGCCCCUGGAGUGUCUCCCAGAGCCCCUGCUGAGCAAGAUCCCGGAGGAGUCGAGUGAGGCCAUUCCAGAGAGCUCAGUGUCUGCAGAGGCAGUAGUCAAGAGCCUCCAGGAUGGUGAGGCUGCCUCUAAGAAGCUAAAGUCUUCAGAACGAACGUUAGAGACUGUGAGUGAGGAUGUUUCCAGACCACCAUUGGAAAAGACUGCUAGCCUUGCGAAAAGCCUGAGAAACUCCAGCAAGCUUCCAUCAACUUCUGUGGAUGUGGCAGCACUCUUGCCUCCAGUGCCUCCUUCAUGCACCAGCCCUGACUUUGAGUGCUGCAGCAAAGACCCUGCUACGUGUCCCAUAGUGCCAGGACAGGAGACUGUGAUAGAGAUCUCUAAGGGCCGCUCUGGACUCGGUCUCAGUAUCGUCGGAGGCAAAGACACACAGCUGGAUGCUAUAGUGAUCCAUGAGGUAUAUGAGGAGGGAGCAGCAGCACGGGACGGCCGACUGUGGGCUGGAGACCAGAUACUGGAGGUGAACGGCGUGGACCUGCGCAGUGUAGCUCACGAGGACGCCAUCACAGCUCUGAGACAGACUCCUGCUAAAGUGCGUCUGACGGUUCUGCGGGAUGAAGCACAAUACCGUGAUGAGGAGAACCUGGACGUGUUCUCUGUGGAACUGCAGAAGAAGAGCGGCCGUGGUCUUGGCCUCAGCAUUGUGGGCAAGAGGAAUGGCACAGGUGUCUUCAUCUCUGAUGUGGUUAAAGGUGGUGCAGCUGAUGUGGAUGGCAGGCUCAUGCAGGGAGACCAGAUCCUGUCUGUGGAUGGAGAGGACAUGAGACGAGCUUCUCAGGAGACAGUUGCUGCUGUCCUUAAGUGUGCCAGGGGAAUGGUGCAGCUAGAGUUGGGCCGGCUGAAGGCUGCCUCUUGGAUCUCCUCCAGACGCACUUCCCAGGGAAGCCAGAGUCAUGCAUGUAAUAUGACCAAUAGCAAUGCUGUGUCCCCCAUGUCUCCUCCCACUGCCCCACAACCCAGCCAGUUACCCAGCAGCACAAAGAGAACUGGAAACGAGGCCAACAGCAAGAGCUCUGUAGUUGAAACAGGCCUACGCACAGUGGAAAUCACUCGUGGCCCAACUGAUGCAUUGGGGAUCAGUAUAGCUGGCGGAAAUGGCAGUCCACUGGGAGACAUCCCCAUCUUCAUCGCCAUGAUCCAGGCGAACGGUGUAGCUGCCAGGACCCACCGCCUCAAGGUGGGUGACCGUAUUGUGAGCAUUAACUCUCGUUCUCUGGAGGGUCUGUCUCACGGGGAGGUGGUCACCAUGCUGAAAAAUGCCUAUGGCAACAUUGCUUUACAGGUGAUAGCAGAUACUAACAUCAGCGCCAUCGCCAGUCAGGUGGAGAGCAUGUCCUCAAGCUCCACCCUGAGCGCCAACCCUGAGACCCCGAUUACAGAGCCAGAAACACCCAAGCCAAAGAGCAUCACUCUAGAGAAGGGCUCUGAAGGGCUAGGCUUUAGCAUCGUUGGUGGCUUCGGGAGUCCGCAUGGAGACCUGCCCAUCUACGUCAAAACUGUCUUCAGCAAGGGGGCAGCAGCGGUGGACGGGCGUCUAAAGCGUGGAGAUCAGAUCCUGUCUGUGAAUGGAGAGAGUCUGGAGGGAGCCACGCAUGAGCAGGCCGUGUCCAUCCUGAAGAAACAGAGAGGGCUCGUCACACUGUCUGUACUGUCUUAACACAAACACACACUCAUACAAACUGCCACGAAUUACACACACACACACACACUGCAUUCCUGUCACAAUCCAAGGAGUGGACUCUGAAACCUGGUACACACGCACACAAACACACGUCUAGAAGAGGGAGCAUGCAUAGCACCUGAAUAAAAUCUCCUUCAAGCGUGUAGAGCUCAGUAACACAAACUCCAGCAGAGAUUUGUGUGAGAAUGAAAGUUAACCCCCUUGUGUGCACAUUUUUGUUCCAUCACUAAACAAUAAGGGAAAUUGAUCAUGACCGAUCUUAAAUCCUUUUUGUUUCAUUCAGUUAAUGAGCAGACAUCAGGCGUGGAUGACUCCUGUGUCAAAAGCAAAAACUUUAUACAUUUGUCACAUACUUACAAUCAGUCCAAGCCUGUAUCCGUUCAGUUCAGGUUUAUGACUCUGUGGCAGAUCAGCCUUCUGAGUAAAAAUGUGAAGAAAUCUCUGCUGCACCUGUAGUGUAUGCAUGCUUAUAAUGGACAAAAAUGUUGACACAUUUCCCUGUACUGAGAUAAGAACAAAAAAAACCAUGAACUGAAAGAUGUUCGAGAAUGUUACCAGAGAUGAUGUAAAGUUUCCGAAUUUCCAACCCUGCAGCAAUACAGUAAGUCAUUCUGAAAAAUGACUUUAUUUCCUAAUGGCAUCCAAACACCAUCACACCACACCAAAUCUGUCCUCUGUGAAAGUAUCUUAAAGGACAAGUUCUACCUAUUGAGAGCUUAGUUGUUUACAUAUGUGAAGCACAAAAGUCAUUAACUAUUAAGAACAUAUGGCUGGCACAACAGCAAAGGGGAGUGAGGACGGACACAAUGAAACGAAACGAAAAGGGUUGACCAUGGUAACAAUAUAUUUUUUUUAAUUGACAGGAAAAAAAGUAUAUCUAAUAUCUUUCUGUUUAAGAAUCAGUUACUCCAUGUCCACUGUACAAGGUGUCUUGAACCAGUAGAUUUCUCUUAAAGUUUUCCGUUUCUUCUUGUUGUUUAAGUGAAAUUCAGAGCUUAAUAUAUAAUCAUUUCCCAUGUUUUGCGUAAUUGUCCCAAAAACUUCCAUUGUAAGUGAGUUGCGAGUGAGCACGUUUUUAUGUUUUCUCAGUGUAGGGAAAUGUGUCAAAUCUUGUCAAUGGUAAUGACAUGUACUACCCAAAGAAAUUAUGUUGGAAAAACAUAAACAUUAUUUCUUUUUCUUUUUUCCCUGCAAAGCUACCACUGGCUUUUUUGGUUUACCUGGAAACACUAAUUCAAUGCAGCACAGAUCUGUCAUUGCAAUAAAAACAAAUACUGAACACAUUCCCAGUAGUUAUUUUGGGAUAUGAAUGAUGAAUGGCAGCAGCUACUCGGUGAUUCCUCUGUGAAUCGCUCGAGUGAUUAACUAACACAAACACACACACACACACACACACACACACUUUCACCAGCUGACUGACUGUAUACUUUAAAUUACUUUGCUUGCUAAUAAGAAUCAGUUGAUACUGAUGAAUGUUUAUACACACACACACACACACACACUGUCGUAUAGAAUACUAUAGGGAUGAACUGUGAUAAGGGAUUAGUGCUGAAACGUUAUGCUGGCCUUAAUUAGAUCAUGCUGAGAAUUCUGUUCGUUUUUGUUUCCGUUGUAUAUGUGCUCUUCAUUGUUAUUGUUUCAACAACACUAGAAGCAGCAUGAUCUUUUGUAGUGAAGUGGAGUAAUUUAAAGCGCAGCGUUCCUGUUUCUGAUCAAAUAAUCAUGCCUGACUUCAGCGACCAGAUUCACGAAGAAUUUUUGUGGUUAAUUGGGGGGGUUUUGUUGUCGUUUUUUUAACACUAAAAUUGUCAUCAGUGUUUCGUCAUUUAAUUGCACAAAUUUCGUCAGUGUAAAUAUGUAAUUUAUUUCCUUAAUUCAAGUUGAUUUUGUAGGCCUUUUGAACUAGCAUUCCUGUCAAUGUUGCAAUGAAGAUAGUAUGUGAAAUGUAUCAUUUUGCACUGUGUGUACCACAAUAUGAGGAAAUCCUGUGUCAGCUGGACUCCCGAUCUUCAAACGGAAGUGUGCCAAAUUCUUGCAAGACACUUGUAUGACCUCAGGGUCGUCAAAAAUGCAUGAGGAGGCUCUCGCCAAAAUGUCCAUGCUGAGGUAAACCACUUUCUGCAUUAUGGUUGUGCUCGACAUUUAUUUCAGAUUCAGCUUUAUAGCUGAAUCAGAAGCAUGAAAACACUAAAUUGGGUUUUCCCCAAACACACAAAGCUCAUUUAACUCAUUCUAGAGGUUCGAAAUCAGGAGUGUCUGACUCAGAGAGCCCUGCAGAGAUUUAUCGCUACGUCUCAAAUGGUAUACUUCACAGGCUUUUAGUGUGAGUAGUGUCUUCACACCACGAAAUUCAACAAGCUGUAAUGUAUUAUUAAGUCCCUGGGUGAUGUACUUACAAAGCCUAAAAAUGAAGCGUGGAACAAUGAAAACUUAUUGAACUACAUAAUGAAGCCAUUGUAGAGUGCAUUAUGUUUAAAAAGGGGCAGAGCCAUGAGAUCACCAGUGGUUAAUAAAUGUUGCUAAAUAUCCAGUGCAGGAGGUGAGAACAGUGCUACACCCUAGUUAAAUAUUGGCUGGUUGUAGGUUUAAAAAUUAUUUUUUUAUUUUUUAUUUAUUUGUAUUUUUUUUGUAAAUGUUAAUGAUACAAAAUGUUACAACUCCAGGGGCUAUAUACUCUAGUACAUAUAUUGUGCAGGUGCAGUAGUGUAUCAUGUUAAAAAAUAGUACCUAGUACACAUUUGAGGCCUUGAUAAGUAGCUGAUGAGUUGGAUCACGUGUUAAAUGAAGUAGAAUGCUAAUCUCUGUAAUGCUCUUACUCGGACACUCCUUUUCUAAAUGGUCCUAACCUUUCAGCUUAAUGGCCCUUCUGGGAUAAUGUGCAGCACUGUGGUUAAACUGGUAGAGGGUUUUCCCAGCGCAGACGUGUUCCUCUCGUCAGGUGCGUCCAUCAGACUGAAGAGCGUUGUGCCGUAACUUGGCUUCCAUGUGCAGACUGUGCUUUCUCCGUACUGUCUGACAUGAAUUCCCUUUAAAACAUCUGUCCUUAUCCUAUGCUUGUUUUCUCUCUCUCUCUCUCUCUCUCUCUCUCUCUCUCUCUCUCUCUCUCUCUCUCUCUCUCUCUCUCUCUUCCAAAUGUUAACUGUUCAACUGGAAAUGUUUCGUUCAUUGGUCAGUCUUUGUGAAAUGAUCAUGUAAUGUCAAAUCCCAAAGAAACUAUGUUGAGAUUCAUUAUAUUAGAUAAUGAGAGAUGAUCUAAUAAACCUGAUAUCUACAUUUA